CUUUCACCGUCGCGCGGUGAUGACGCCUCCUUAGCAACGAGUCGCGUUGCUAGGGGCGGCCAUGGCGGAGGACGCGGCCCGGCCGUGGCCGCCGCCCGCGGGCGCCUACGCGGAGGAGCGGGGGCUCUUCCAGCUGCUGCAGAACAUGCUUGAAGAGCUAUUAAUCCAUAAGCCAGAUGAUCCCAUUGAGUUCAUGAUAAACCACUUAAAGCAAAACAAUGACGAUGCUCCAAGAAUUUGUGUCCUUGGUCCACCUGCUUCUGGGAAAACUACAGUUGCAAUGUGGCUUUGUAAACAUUUCAAUGCCAUACGUGUCUCUCAGGAGACUUUGUUAUUCAAGGAAGUAUUAAUGCAGACAGAGGAAGCAAAGGCAUAUAAAGAAAGAAACCAGAAAAUUCCCAACGCGCUUUGGGCCAAUCUGAUCCAGGAACGUCUGUCAAACGUGGACUGCAUCAAACAAGGAUGGAUUUUGGAAGGCUUCCCUGAAAAUCAGGAGCAGGCAUGGCUGCUGCAAUCAUCUGGCAUUUUUCCUAGGCAUGUUGUUAUGCUCUAUGCCCCAGACACUGUGCUGAUUGAGAGGAGUGGUGGGAAAAGGCUGGAUCCCCUCACACAAGAGGUUUUCCACACAACCUUUGACUGGCCAAGUGACCCCCAGGUGCAGCAGAGACUGGUGAAACCAGAAGAUCUCUCAGAGCAGGAGGUGUCCAGGAAGCUGCUGGAAUAUCACAGAAACUUCCCCGAGAUUUUCCACAUCUACCAGAAAGUUCUGAAAUCCAUCAAUGCAGACCAGCCCUCCGUGGAUGUUCUCUCUCAGGUUCUUGCCUUUGUCCAAACCCGGCACAGAUCUGCUGCCCCCUUCACUCCCCGGGUUCUCUUUUUUGGCCCCCCAGGCAGUGGGAAGAGCCUGCAGGCAGCACUAAUAGCUCAGAAAUAUGAUCUUGUCAACAUUUGCUGUGGGCAACUGCUAAAGGAAGCUGUUGCAGACAACACAAAACUUGGAGAACUCGUUAAGCCUUACAUUGACAGUGGAUGCCCAGUGCCAGACAACCUUGUCCUGAAGCUGCUGACAGAACGCCUGAGCGCCCUCGACUGCCUGAGCAAUGGCUGGGUGCUCUCUGGCUUCCCCAGGGACGCGGAGCAGGGGGAGCAGCUGCAGAAAGCACAGAUCAAUCCCAACAGUUUUUGUUUCCUUAGCGAGGGAAGGGGUGCUGCUCCUGGAGAGGAGGAAAUAGAGCCCUGGCCUGACAAAUGCUCCAGAUGGCCAAACUGUGGGAGAGAGAAGAGGGUGUUCUUCUUUAAUCUGCCCUACGAGGCCAUCAUGGAGCGCCUGUCCCAGCGGAGGACGGAUCCUGUCACUGGGGAGAGAUACCACACCACAUUCAGACCAGCUCCCACUCCAGAGAUCCAGGCCAGGCUCAGGCAGAACCCCAAGGAUGAGGAAGAAAAUAUUGAGAAGCGCCUGGACAUCUAUUACAGCAAUGUCAAGGCCCUGCAGGAUUUUUACCAAGAUGCCUUUUAUGUCAAUGCUGACCAAGACCCUUAUGUUAUCUUUGAGUUCAUAGAAAGCUGUAUCAUUAAGCCCCUUCCAUGUAAAAAACAUUAGAAGUUUAUAAUUCAAAGGG